AAACAAAAAGACGCUUUUCAUUAGAAAUAUUUCUUGGAAAUUUGGUACAAAUCUCACGCGAUAUCCUCUAAUUUAUCUAAAUUAGGACAUUGCUUUGUUCAGAUCAGUGAUCUCUUUGUUAAACUUCGUCAACAUGUCCUAUUAGUCGUAUCCGAUGCAAGUAGAUGUCGACGCGGGGUCGAGGCGAGAGCAUGGCAACGAAGUUCACACUAAAUUUCCUUUGAAUUGUAAAAUAAUGGAAACGCGUUACUACGAGGGCUGCGGCAGAGAAGGGCCCAUCCGCUGCAUAUUUCUGGGAGAAUUCCACCCUAUCGCGGGUCCGAAGAUAUCAUGCCAGUUUCCUGAAGACUAUGUCUCCAAGGAGCUGUUUGAUGGCAUCAGUGCAUACAUCAUUCCAAAACCACAAAUCCAAAAAUGCACUAUGACCAUCAACGCAUUGGGUCACAAGAUAGUCGGGUACCCCAUCCGCAUCGACAGUUCCCGGUAUGAGCGCAACAUGUAUCUGUUCAACCUCUGCUUUGUGUGCGACAGUUGGUCAAAGACUGUUCAGUACGAGCCUGUUGUUAAGAAACUCGGAGAACAUUUGACGCUGAUGGAGGAGGAGACCGGAUUCGUGUCACGCUGUCCCAGCAAGCUGCCCACGCUGUUGGCGCACCUGUUACAUGAUCUCAACACCUUCCGCAAGGCCACACUAGUCGAAGGAGACACAGUGAUGCACCUAAAAGUUCUGGAGGUUCGCAAGGACCCGGCGCCGGUGCACGACUGUGACGUGCCGGUGCUGGUCGCGUCAGUGGGGCUGCCGCGCCCGGGCCGGCCGCCGCGCGUUGAGCCGGGCGAGGGUGAAAACACACAGAGCCAGGAGCAUCUGGACGUGGAAGACGAGGAACCCUUUGAAGUGGACUUGGACGCCGACUGGGACCUCACAACCAGACAGCUGCUGCCUUACAUUAACGGCUACAAUCACGUCUCGAAGAUCGCUUCAGAUACUAACGUCGAGAAAACUCUCGUCAAGUCCUGUAUACAAAAUUUAGUUUAUUAUGGAGUGGUGACGAUGCUCCCUGUACUGAAGUUCAGCAACAUGUACCGCGCCACGCCUAAGCUCAGUCGACUCUUCAGUGACCUCGAGCUGCAGAAGUCCUGCAUCUCCUACGUCCACAACGGCAGUGAAACUAAGGAGAAGCCGAGUAUAUCGCUGGUGGCGGGCGUGCUGUGCGCGCUGCAGCAGGGCUCGACGCUACGUGCGGUGUGCGAGCGCGUGGCCGGCGCUGCGCAGUUCGACGUGCGGCGCCUCGUCGUGUUCGCGCAGAUCCACGGCCUCGUUAAGUGCUUGCGACGGUACCCGGUGUACGUGCGCAACCCGAGUCGGCCGCACGGACUCCGCGCGGGUGCGGGCGCGGCGAGCGGCGUGGCGAGCGUCGUGCGGCGCCUGUUCACCGGCCGCCACAGCGCGGACGAGAUCUGCUGCCUGGCGCGCGUGGACCUGCCCACGCUCGACCAGAUUAUCGAUGAAGACCCCAACGUCGCCGUCAUCUGGAGAUAGGACUCCACGGAUACGUGACUAUCACGGGUUACAUAGACUGGCUUAGCACAACAACUCAAGAUGCAGUUUAAACGAAUGUCAAACCCUUUUAUCCCAUACAGAUGCAUGUGUUUAGCGUUAAUUUAAACCUUGUCUAAGUAUUAGCGGUGAGACCAAGAUUGAUCCUGCUCGGUAUCCACUACGCUCGUAAAGUCGUGCCCGCAUCCAGCGGUUUUUCUGAGUGAGAGCUCAUUAAUUAUCUUUUCUCAUUAGACCCAUAUGGCAUAUAUUUUUCGAAAUAGUUUCUUUGUAUCGAAAUAGUUCGUUCGUAUUGCAAUAGUUCGUUCGUAUCAAAAUAGUUUAUCGAAGAAGGAAGUACUUAAAUUACAAAAUAAGUAUUCAUAUGCCAGUGAUAUUAACUGAAUAAACAAACUCUUGUAAUGAAUGAAUAUGUCCCAUUAAAUGUGUGCUCUGCCGAUCGCAAGGAGCAGCACGUGCCAAAAGAAUUCAUAGUUCAGUGCUCAUACUCGUCUAAGAUUCCGAAUUAUUUCGAAUUUCUCGUCAGGGAGAAUUUUUAUAUUUCUACUUAAGUGGGAUUAAUACGAGCAUAAAUGACAAAAAGCCCCUGUCGUUCACAUACACACGUAAAAUUCACACAAGAGAGAAAUCGUCGCUUGUUACUCUUGUGAUUAUCAAAGUGCGAGAAAAAGUCAUUUUAUUAGACAUGUUGAGAGAAUUCACUCCUCUAAAAAGACAUUCUCUUGUCAUUUAUGCACAUAUCAAUCCAAUUUAAAACACAUAUGAAAAUUCACACUAGUGAAAAAUCCUUUUCGUGACUCAUGGGACUAUCAAAGAGCAAGUAAAAUGUCAUUUUGCCUUAGAUUAAAUUAGAGUAAAAAUCACGACCAUUGAUCACGAUGAAGUAAUUCAGUCUCUUGUACGUAGAAUGUAUCAUUUCAAUUUCGAGCGCUGAACUUUGAUUUUUGUUGACACAUACUGCUCAUCGCUGGUGGUGUUAGAACUUUAGACUGCCUUUCUACAGAUCAAUUAAUUAUGGUUUUAAAGGAUCCAAGAAGGGAAGCUCAAAAAUCAACUCAAUUGAUAAAAUUGAAAAUGGCUAUGCAGCUAAAAAGCUAUAAAACAUAACUUUUUUUAAAUUAAUCCUAUUCAACGUAAACUUUUUUUACGUGGCCUGUGCAAAGUUGUGGCGCCGCCCAGUUUUAAACCGGAGUGUAAAACAACAGGCUUGGACCGCUUGACUGCCGGCGCCCAGUACCCCGCCAGCUUUUUUAAGCGGUGGGGUGACGGGACGCUAGAAAUGUGCGCUAUACGAACUUAUUUAGCCAGCCACAACGUGUUUUUCCCCAGGCCGCCCUUUGGUGGACGGCCUAGAAGUUAACUUACCAAAAAUGUUCAGAGAGUAGUUCAGGGGCUUGGGGGAUUCAAAGAGGUAUCAAUAAAAAAGAAAUGGACCAAAGUAGCAGAGGAGAUGAACUAGCAAACCCAGAAAAAAAGCUUGACCAGUUAUAUGUCAAGUAUAAUAUAUACUCCCUUACGACAUAUUGACUAACCAUGAACGUAGAAGUCUGUACCAUAAAGUAGAGGCGAGGUGGCACGCCAAGCAGCAGCUGCUGCAAAGGCGUGCGGACAAUCCUCUGCACCUAAGGAAGGUCUACCUUAAUGAAUCUGAUGAGUCUUCAGACAAGGGACAGUUGAGUGAGGAAGAAACCAACCUUCGUGAAGCAAUACUCGACGUUGAAGAGUGUGUCAAGGCCGGCCGCCAAAUGCCGCCGGCUACUUUUAGGAAGGUCAGCAGCACGGCCCUACAAAUGCACUUCCCUAACGGAGAGCCCACGGUCGAUGACAUCGAAAGGGCCUACUGGGAAAUGGUCCUUCAGGCCACGCACCACAUAGGAGUGUACACGGCUUCGGUCGACACGAGCCAAUUUGAAAUUGGAUUUACUACAAAUCCCAGCGAUCCUAUAAGCAAGCAUCCAUGGAAUUUGAAAAAUAUACGACAAAAUGAAGCAAAUACAAUGCAAAUAGCAUAAAUAAAAUGGGGAUUUCUUAUACCUGUAUUUUUGUUACUAAACUUAACUCCUUCAUAACGUAACUUUCCAAGCUAAGAUUUAAGUUAAAGCAUAACUUUUAUAGUGGCCAAGAUAUAUUGCUCAGCGCAAGUAGGAUUAGCGUACGUCGCGUCGCUAAAAAAACACAUUUAGCGAGAACUUAAAGCUAACGGUAAAAAUCAACAUUUAAAACUGUUCACAAUGUUAAAACGCCUGAUAUAUUAACGAAUAACGAUACUUGUUAAAACUAAAGAAAAUAAAUCAAAAAAAUUUUAGUUACUUUUCACUUUUGAUGAAGAGAUUUUAAAUGAACUUGUGAGAAAGGCAGCUUAAAUAAUGCAUAAAUUUUGAGAAAUGACUCGCCAUUUUUGGUUUUUGUGCCAACUUUCAUGUCAAAAGUACGAUUUUUGCCCUCAAUCUAAGGAGCUAUAUGCCUACUACUACUAGAUACCUGGUUAAAUUAAGAAAUUGGAAUCAAGCUAUUGUAUACACCAAACGUAAAUGAGUCAUGUCUGUAUAAAACGAGUACAAACUCGACGCUGGCGAUACCUGCCUAGCGUGCUAGAUAGACACGACCUGCCUGAGAAGUGGUACUGCAGGAUGAACCCAGGUGAGAUAUACCUGGGUUGAGAUAUACUGGGUAGGGUAAAGGUAAAAGUUUAUCAAGUUUAUCUACAUUGAAUGAUUCGAAUUUAGUAAUUGAUUCAGCAACUGCACGUUCAGUUUCAGGAUUACAUUUCCAGUCUUAUUUUAUUUAUUUGUUCACAAAUCUCAAACUGAUGUAAUUGCAAGAGAGGUGGGAGGCAGAGCAAAGAGCCAUACAAGAACUGAGAGCUAAACUAGUGCGCCACGCAAAACCUGUUCCCCCAUUGAGUAGUUUCCAACCUUCCGGAAAAGAUGAAUAAAUCUGUCACGAUACCUGAAGCAAAUAACGUUGUUAAGAGACUGAAUUAGUUAGUUCAUUUUUAUCAUUAGGUAAAUCGUACUUUUAACAUGACAGUUGACACAGAGAAAAAAUGGCGAGUGUUUUCUCAAAAUUUAUGCUCUAUGAAGUAAAUUGUUGGAUCGUUGUAAUUUUAAGUUAUAUUAUUUAUUUUGUGUGGACAAGCAGAUUCAAGCUCGCAUAGCAGCUUUAAGGAGGGGAGAGAAUUGAUCAGUAUAGAUGCUACUGGCUAUGCUCUGUCCGAUACAAACAACUCGACUAGAGGUGUCGGCAUAUACAUUAAUUUUCUACUUGUGUUGUGUAGAUAUUUUCAACGUGACACAACUAGAAUACAUUGGAGAGAGUGUUGCAUUUUUGUGAGUGAUGCCACACAGAUGAAUUCCUUGUUGUACCAAAAUUGUUUAGGUAUAAUUAGUAAUAAAAUUUAGCUAAAUAUCCAACGGUAUGGAAUAACUUUUUCAGUAUCAACUCUGUCUGCCGUAUGUGCCAGCGCCGAUCACUUGCGCUAUAAAUCGCAAUCGCUUUCCGCCAGAGAGCAAGUAUAGGCUUAUAGUAGGUUGGCUGCGGUGUUUGUAAAGGCAAGUUAAGUGCCUAUUUAUGUAUUUAAUUGUUAUAUCUUUUCACUGCCUUUGCGUUUAUAUACCUCUUCAUUUUGUGCAGAUUAUUGUGUAGACACGAGUGGCGUCUCAAUUUUUUAAUAGAUAAAUUAUUGUUAUAAGUGUGUUUAACGCUUGUGCACUAGUCCUAUCCAAAUACUUGCAAAUACGCCUACUUGGGCAAAAUUUUGACCGUAAUCUGAUAGAAAUGAUGAUAAUAAUAUGGCCGUGCUUAACAAACAUUUAUUCUCCGGACGGGCCAUAAAUUGUCUUUAGAUUCAGUACAACAUUUACUCAAUCCUUUUCUCAGAUUCAAAACAGAUUUAUCCGCAAACGUCCAAAAAAAGUCGCGGUGGGCGAUGUCCCUUAGAAUCUAAACUUCCAACUGCGUUUGGACUGCAAGCCAAGGUUCCGUUAUGUUAAAUGCAUCCUUACAGCAAUUUUACAGUCUGCUUGCAAAUGCGGAUGAUCGGUCUUGAAUCUUAGUUGUUUGCCAAUACAAUAAAAUGUGCCUUUUGUUGGGGUGGAGUUUGCCUUGAGACUGAAACACGUCUUUCAGUAGUGUUGUACUGAUCACAUGCUGGCAAGUGACUGUCGUUCGGGUUAACAGUAUUAGGCUUAGGUUAGGCUUCAUAUCGAAUUAACUGUAAGACUUGUAGAGUAACAGCCCCCGCAACUACAAAAUAUUAACGAUCGUAUUGUUGACCAUUUGUUUAAUCUCCUCGCAACUGAGUACCACUUGGACCCCGAUAACGUUGAUCGUAACAUAAAUCAGAGUAAAAUAAACCUAAAGCUGAUUGUUUUGAAGUCCGUUAUUCAUUGCUACCGAUUUUUGUUUUACAAUGGUGCCGCUUGUGACGCUGGCGGAGAUCUAUGUACGAACUCGAAUAUGACAACAAGGUUUAGGUCUCGAAAUACGUCAAUGUUGUCGAGAUGUUCAAACUUUUACUAAGCCUGCAGGUCUCUUGUAAUUAUUAAAACAAUGAAUCUAAAACUAAAAACAUUAAAACAUAUAAUAUAAUAACUAAAAUAUAUUAUUAUUCCCAUUCCCCCUUUAAAUAGCUAGACUAAUUCUUUGUCCGUAAUUCUUGUAAUUUGUUUUGUGUCGUUUCAUCGCAAGCUUACAGCGAGACAACACAACAAGUACAUAAAAGUCAGGUUUUGGUUUCUAAUUUAGAGUACUAAACAUUCAGUUGGUCUUUGUUUCCGCCUCUGUGCUUGUAUUAUGUAAGCAUCAAUUAGAGAAUCGGCUGAUCAAAUGUUUGUCCAUUGCGGGGGCUCUAGUUGUAGGGAAGUAAGUACGGUAUGCCAUUAGAAAACAGCUAUUAAUUAUAUACGUGGCUAUUAAAGUUAAAACACUUGCUCGUACAAGCUCGCCCAAUAGCGGAGACUUCGAUUUCUAAAAAUAUUUUUUUGUUUACUCUGUUAUUUUUUUUUCUUAAGUUCUAAUAUAAACUAUAAAACCAAAAAGAUUUCUUGAAUGAUAAUAUGUUCUUCCUUUGUUCUGUAAUGUGAUUAAGAUAAUUAGUUUAAUACAGUAAAUAUUUAAUUAAAUAUAAUUAAAAAGUCGUAUAGUUUUCAUUACUAGACCUGCUGGAAAACUACUUUUAGAAAUUUAAUUUUUUAUUACUAGCUGAACCGUCUGUCUUUGCUUGGUUGAAUUUGAUAUACCUACCUAUUUAUUAAAGGUAUAAAAAUGUAGGCGUAGAAGUUACUUCUGGAUAAAGUUUAACUUUCUAGUGGUGAAAGAAUCAAAUUAUUACAUUUGCGAGAAGCAAAUCGAUCGCGAUCAGUAUAAUAGCUUAGUAUAAAGUAGACUCUUAACCAUAAUAGCAUAUAGCAAACAAUACAGUUUCAUUUCUUCUUUGCAAGUAACAGGUUUGAUUCUAUUUAAAAAAAAAAAUUAGUACGCGCCUAAAUUUUUCAGUGCAAUUCAUAAAAACGACUUCUUACUGAAUGACAGAAAAACAAUAUUUACCAGUCUCGUAAUAAGAUAAUAUAGUUCUAAUGGCAUGUCGAGUAGACUGUUUGAUGUGUGUACUUAUCUGUAUUAGGGCUCCAAGGAUAUAUUUGAGUACAAAGUUGUGUAUCGGUAGUAUUUCCGCUUUUUGUAUUAUUUGUUGUAGUAUUUAUAAAGCCUCUUGGAAAAAGUAGUGUUCGUUGUUUUCCCAUAAGUGUUCAGUGUUUUGUUGAUUUAGUUACUUCAUUCAAUUUAUUGUAAAGCGAAAUAUAAAUAAGAGCGCGCAACCCUGCUUUUUCCAUACAAAUUUAGAAGGGUUAUUAGUGUUAUUACUGUACUAUUUGUACGCCCAAAAUUUACCACGAGUGUCUCGUCAUUAUCCGCGAAAUUAAGUAAGUAAUAGCGCUCUCUCUGUUAGGUAAACCCAUACAAAAAAAGAGAGUGGUAUAUUAACUUCAUUCCGCAGAUAGGGUAUAGAUAAUGACGAGACAAUCAUGCAAAAUCUUGGGCGUACAAUAAAUAAGACAGAGUAUGGGAACACCAAACUAAUCUACUUAUAGGCUAAGUUUAUUUAUUUAUAAGUUGAAAUGCCAUGUGUACUGGCGAUUUCGUGCGAGUAGUAAACAUACCUACUCUUAAAUUCCUUCAAUAAACUUUCUAGAAUUCUUAA